CGCCGCCGCCGCCGCCACUCCACUUCCCUUUCUUCCUCCUCCCACUCCCACUCCGCUUCCCCUUCUUCUUCCGCCGUCCGGCGGACUCUUCCUCUCCGUCUCGUGUUUGUCCAUGAAUCCGGCUCUGACUGCGACCUGAUUCUCCUUCUUAUUCUCCCCCCCUAUAAAUCUAAACAAAUACCCUGUGUGAAAGAUCCAGAUCCACCAUGUCGCUCAAAGGCUACCACGAAGCCUCACUGCAUCCGCCGGCUGCGUAUGAUGCGGCGGCGGCGGCGACUGUGUGGGACUGGGGGGAAGCCCUCCUCGACAAGUUCGCCUACAUGGUCCACAAGAAAGACCACCAAAAAAACCAUACUUCCGCCCGCUGUACAUUCAAGAGGAAUUUGCACGACGACAGGGUGGUGGAGGUGGAGAUGCAGGUCAGCCUGUUCUUGGCGCCGCCGCCUCGCGUCUCCUACUUCUGCUGCUCCGCCAACCUCACCGAAGACGACCACGGGGAACAACAAGGCACCCGCCGCCUGUUCGUCUGCGAGCCUUGGGUGAUCGCCACGGAGGGUAACCUUGCCCUCCUCGCCCUCUGCCACGGCUACAACCCUGCCUACUACGGCGAAAGCAAUAACUACGACUACUUCCUCUACGAGGCAGCAGCCUCACCGGCGGGGACGCCGAAACUCACCUGCCUCCCUCAAAUCCAACCCGAGAUGUUGCCAGCUAUGGGAACUCACUGCUUCUCUACCGGCAGUAUUGCUGUCGUGCGUUACAGCAGCAACAUCCCCACCGCCGCCCACAAAAUCCCCUUGACGCCCCCCACCCCCAUCCUCAGCCCCGUCGUCGCCCUUCCCCGCCCCCAAAGUAUCCCCUUCACGCCCCCCACUUCCAUCCUCAACCCCUCCGUCACCGCAUAUUCUCAAGCCCGCCCCAAGGAUGAUGCCUGUGAUGCCUACAGGAUCGCGGCGCUCGCCUACGACUACUUCCACCCCAGCCAUUCCGGAUACUACCUCUGCACCUACGACUCCAAGGACCCUCGGUGGAGACGCACGCCCGCUGCCUCUCCAGAGUCACCACCGCCUGAUGACUUUGUGCCCGGCAAGGUCAUCACCAUCGACAGCUCCAUGUCCAGCUCCGGCUCCCCCCGUGGCAUCAUGGGCUGGGUCGACCUCUGGAGUGGCAUGCUACUCUCCGACGUGCUCACUGCCUCCGACACCCUCUGCACCCCGCUCCGCUAUCUCCCCCUUCCAGAGCCGAGGCAGCCGGAAAAUUGCCUCCCUCUUGCCACAGACAUUGCAUACUUCUUUCGGGACAUCGCCCUAGCCAAUGACUCCGGCAUCAUCAGGUUUGUUGACCUUCAGGUCCACGCAGAACCCAGCCCGCGCUCGCAAACGCCUAGCGGCUGGACGGUGGUCACGUGGACCUUGGAGGGGCGGGCUUAGCGGGGGUCUGGAUACCCUGUUUUUCAAGCAGGAGCAUGAGAUAAAUUCCCGAGAAAUCCACGGCUACAACCUGCCCCAGUCUCUCUUUGUUUCCAACCCCAUCCUCAGCUCCCACAGUGAUGGCGUCCUCUACCUCUUGACCAAUGCCAGCAGCGAAAACACCAGGAUGUCGAAGGUGAUUGCUGUUGACCUCAACCAGAAGAAGCUGCUGGAUGAGCAGAUUUUCGACAAGCAAAGACCCAACCCCUACAUGGGCACUAUCAUCUCCAGCUAUCUCAUGCCCGCUGCUGCAGUUUCAAAGGAGAAGGAGCAUAUGAAGCGGCGUGCGCCCAUGUCUAUGGGAUCCUCUCGCAAGAAGCAGCCUGCCUUCGCUAACCCAGCAGCCGUAGGAGGAAAGGGUGAUGUCGGGGAUGCAAUGGACUUGUCACAGUAGGUGGUUUGUUUGGUGGUUUGAUUGGGUACGAGUGCCCUUUGAGAUGACUACAAUAAUGGAUUAUUUGCUCUCACAAGUUUCAAACCAUGCCAUCCCACCAUCAGAGGAAGUAGUAUGAAUCAGAAUUUUAUUUAUUAAGGUUAUGAUGGAGGUUAAAUUAGGAGACGUAUUAUUAAUAUUUAAAGCUCCCUUCAGGUGCCUGUUAAUUUGCUUACUAUUAUUAUUGUGCUAUAGGUAGCUAGUACAAGAUGAUGUCCCUGCAUGGUUUGUAAUCCCCUCCGUACCUGCUUUGUUUGACUUUGUACUAUUGUUAAGGUUAUUAUGAAUGUUUCGGCUGCAUUUUGAUCUUA